CAUUCCCGCCACUUGGUGCGGCCACUUCGCUUUCGAAAGUUUCACAUCCGCAAGAGAGCGGCAAGGCAAGGCGAAGUGAAGUAGGCAAAGAAGUCUCGCGCGCGAACUUGGUACGCUGCAGGCGAUGACCGCAUUCGUAUGAGUUUUUAUUAUAUUGUGAGUGUGCUGUCGUGUUCUCCGUUCCGUUAAAUGUUUACGAAAAUGCUGUAUAGGUGAACUAUCCUGAAAAGUGUUGUGAUUGUGUUAAUAAUCUUUAUAUUCUAUCUUUUACUGUCUCGAAGGUUGUAAAAAUGCCUUGCUCAGCGGUAACUUUAUCUAUAGCGACCAUUACAGCAAUCGUGGCUGCUGCUUUGAUGGCCAUAGCUUUUUCAACAGAUAACUGGCUAUACAUUGAAGUAAAACGCAGUAACAUACAGGCAUACGCUGCGGAAAACACGGCGGACAACUCUCAGGUGAUACUGGACAGCCUCAAUAACAAAUACUUCUUCUACACGAGGACGAGAGGGCUGUUCCGCAUCUGCUACCCCAAGGAACGACCUCCUACAGUUGAAAUCUACCUAUCACCUGUAGAGACACACUGCAGCAAUGUGGACUACUUCAUCCCUGACGAGAACAACGAAACCAAGGGACUCUCCGACGACGCGAUGAACAGGCUGCACAUGGCGCGGUCUACGGUGGCGUUGUUCAUCGUGGCGUUCCUCGCGCUCUUCAUAGCCUUCUGGACCGGCGUGGUCGGCUGCUGGAAGCGAAGCCCUGGGAACAUCACCGCCACCGCUAUACUCAUGCUUGUCACCUGUCUACUAUCAGCGGGUGCCAUGGCAUUAUGGCACGGAGUGGAAUUCUACGAGAAGGAAAAAGUUGUCGGAGAGGAAUUUUACCAACAAUGGCCUAAUGUUUUAAAAGACAACUCGUCGAUUUGGUACGACUGGUCGUACAUACUCGCGUGGUUGUCUGUCGGCGUCUCCUUCGGCAGUUCCAUAUUAUUCUUCUCCGCCGCCAUAUGCUUGAGCAAGGAGAAGCGGCGCGAGCAGCAGAAUAACGUGCAGUACAUAAUGCCAGUGUACCCCCAGAAGCAGCAGUAUGCGUACGCUGGUUACCCCCCUCCCGCCGCGUAUCCCGGGCCCUACUAUCACGGGUCGCAAUACGGACCCUACAAUUACUGAGCACGAGACCAGAUGAGGGACGCGGCCCCGCUCGCCGCCCCCGCCCCCGCCCCCGCCCCCGCCCCCGCGCCCGCCCCG